AUGGCACCUACCGAGCUGAACACGCUCCUGAAUGCCCUACGUGACCGAGACAUUGGCCUUGGCGAGGACGAUGUGGCGUGGGCAUUCGAGGACAAGACAGCCAAGGAAAGCGCCUCUGCUUGGGUCAAUGAAUAUCUGCAGUCGUCGACUUUGCUUACAAAGGAUGAGUUGGCCUAUGAUCAAGAGCACGAAGGCAAACAUAUUAAACCACAGCCGGACACCGGACGGCCUGUCUCUGACGCAGAGUAUGAAGCAGCUAUCGCUGCCCUCCAGGCCAGCACAACAGCUAUCGAUAAACAGUGCGAGAUCCUCGAGUCUCAGAAGCGUGUACUUGAAGAAAUCAAAGCUCGUAAUGCCGUCUCUGGAAACACGGCCUCUGUUCAGGAGACCAGACAGAAGAAAAUCGGCCGCCAGCGAGCACAGCUCGACUUCGACGUGGAUGAACUAGCCCAAGCUCUUCAAGCAAACGUCCGGUCUUCGCUGAAGCAAGGCGACGUAGCCACUGCUGGACUGCCUUCUUCGGUGGAGCGACUGUUCGAGAAGGACGACCGCCUUCUGGACGGCCUACAGAAACUACUACCUAAAUUGACAGACAACGACCAGGACGAAGACGGCGCAACCGAAGUGGAGUAUUUGUGCUCGACUUUGGCUGCUUUAUCUGUGCAGGAGAUCCAUGCUCGUCUGGACAAGGCGUAUCGGGAUUGUGUCUCGGAUCACGGACACUUGCAGGAUGGUUCUGGUGAUGCAGAACUCUCCGCUCAACAGUUGAAGCAGCGCAAGAACCUCCGAAUUGAGCUCGAAGAACUAAGUGGUGAAGUCGACGGCUUGGUGGGUAUCGUGGUAGAUCACCAGUAUCGUAAGCCACUCAAAGACGGCAUGCUCUCGUCACUCGCCAGCGCUCAGGCACAGAAGUCCAAAUGGUCCGAGUACACCAUCUCGGCCCUGGCAUACUUGACAGCUCGGCUGGAUGCACUCGCUGAUCAUGUGGAACAAGUUCAUGCUCAAGGAAGUGCAUUACGAGCCGUCUCUGGCGCACUGAGCGAUACACUCGCCACUCCAGAGACAAACUCUGGCGCAUCUCAAAAGAACAUUUCACCCACACUGUCUACGCCCACCGCAAAGGGCCUUAAACCGCUACGCCUGGUGCAAGCCAACCUCUCGGAAUCCCAGGAUCCUGCCGUACCUUUCCUGCGAUAUCAUGAGAUCCGUUUCCAGGACGGGGGCAGUGAGGACAAGCUUCUGAACGUGUUGACCUCGACAGCUCGCGAUCGAAGGCAGCGACUCGACCAUCUGGCAAAGUCUACAGAAGAGACUAUCUCCACCGCCAUGACGAAGUCACUCUCGCAGCCAGAUGCGGAUGUGCAAGACAUUCUGGGCGCGAUUUAUGCACAAUCUCGUUAUGGCACGACUCACCUCGUCGACGAUAGCUCACAGGCCCAACUGGACGGGCUCGAGCAUAAAACACAGACGCUCGGCGAUGAGAUGCGUGAGGUCGAUGUUGACGCAAUCGCUAAUGCUGUCAAGCUCAAGCAAAGAGAUGCUGUGCGGAAGCUGGUCGACAAGUAG